ACCUCUUUCCCUUUCUUAUUUAUUCAGAUAAUGGAGAUGAAAUGGCUGCUGUAUGUGACUCUGCUAGCUCUUGGAACUCUUGCUGCCCAGGAGCAUGAUGUGGGUGAUGAUGAUGGUGAUGAUGUCAUUGAUAUUGAGGAUGACUUAGAUGAUGGCGUUGAAGAUGUAGAAGAUUCAAAUCCUGAAAGCAGCACGCCUCCUCCAGCUCCAAAGGUUACUUACAGAGCACCAGUCCCAACUGGUGAGGUGUAUUUUGUGGAGUCCUUUGAUAAAGGAACUCUGGAUGGAUGGAUCCUUUCCAAAGCCAAAAAAGAUGAUACAGAUGAUGAAAUUGCCAAAUAUGAUGGUAAAUGGGAAGUCCAAGACAUGAAGGACACUAAGCUUCCAGGAGACAAAGGGCUUGUAUUGGUAACACGAGCCAAACAUCAUGCGAUUUCAUCCAAGCUUUCAAAGCCUUUUGUAUUUGAUACCAAGCCCCUUAUUAUACAGUAUGAAGUAAAUUUCCAAAAUGGAAUAGAGUGUGGCGGGGCCUAUGUGAAAUUGCUUUCAAAGACACCUGAAUUGAACCUGGAUCAUUUCCAUGACAAGACUCCAUACACGAUCAUGUUUGGCCCUGACAAAUGUGGAGAGGACUAUAAACUGCACUUCAUCUUCCGGCACAAAAACCCAAAGACUGGCAAAUAUGAGGAGAAGCACGCGAAGCGUCCAGAUGCAGACUUGAAGACCUACUUCACUGAUAAGAAGACACACCUUUAUACUCUGGUUUUGAAUCCUGAUAAUAGUUUUGAAAUUCUGGUUGAUCAAAUGGUUGUCAACAGUGGGAAUUUGCUAAAUGAUAUGUCUCCUCCUGUGAAUCCACCCCGAGAGAUUGAGGACCCAAAUGACCAGAAGCCUGAGGAUUGGGAUGAGAGACCCAAAAUCCCAGAUCCAGAUGCUGUUAAACCAGAUGACUGGGAUGAAGAUGCUCCUGCAAAGAUAGCAGAUGAAAAUGCUGUGAAACCAGAGGGCUGGCUGGAUGAUGAGCCAGAAUACGUAGCAGACCCUGAUGCUGAGAAGCCUGAAGAUUGGGAUGAGGAUAUGGAUGGCGAAUGGGAGGCACCUCAGAUUGCAAAUCCGAAAUGUGAAUCAGCUCCUGGCUGUGGUACCUGGCAGCGACCAAUGAUUGACAAUCCAAACUACAAGGGCAAAUGGAAACCUCCUAUGAUUGAUAAUGUGAACUAUCAGGGGAUAUGGAAACCCAGGAAGAUCCCAAACCCAGAUUUCUUUGAAGACUUGGAGCCUUUCAAGAUGACUCCCUUCAGUGCUGUGGGACUUGAGCUAUGGUCAAUGACAUCUGAUAUCUUUUUUGACAACUUUAUCAUCUGUACUGAAAGAGCUGUGGCUGAUGACUGGGCCAAUGAUGGAUGGGGACUGAAAAAGGCAGCUGAUGGUGCUGCAGAGCCUGGUGUUGUGGGCCAGAUGAUGGCAGCUGCUGAAGAGCGUCCUUGGCUUUGGGUAGUGUACAUCCUCAUUGUGGCUUUCCCAGUGUUCCUUGUAGUCCUUUUCUGCUGCUCUGGGAAGAAGCAGCCAAGUGCUGCGGAGUACAAAAAGACUGAUGCACCUCAGCCUGAUGUGAUGAGUGAUGAGAGAGAGGAAGAAAAAAAAGGAGACAAGGAGGAAGAGGAGGAAGCAAAUGAGGAGAAGCUAGAGGAGAAGCAGAAAAAUGAUGCUGAUAUAGGAAGUGCUAGUCAAGAGGAAGAGGAGGAAGAAGAGGAGGACAGGAAACGUGCAUCAGAGGAGGAGGAAACUGUGAAUAGAUCACCCAGAAACAGAAAGCCAAGGAAAGAUUGAAAAAAAAAAAAAAA